CGCCCCCUGUGGCCAUAAGAUCAACUACAUGACGGUUUCCGGUGUUAUGGCGUCCACCGGCGCCGCCAGCAGCGCGCCGCUUGUAUGAAGAUUUGAAGUUGUGCAUUGAGGGUUCGGUGAAGAGAGGCAGCUCUCACACACACACACUUUGGUGUAAUCCUGACUAUGCUGCUCUUGGUCGUGUUGGACAUCUUCUUUUCAACCGCUGUGGUCACCAGUGAGAAGAGCAACCACAAGCCAUCAGUACCACAGCUCAACUACAGCAGCAUUUUUCUGCCACCAGAGCACAUACCGUACUACCUCUACAACAACAAGAAGGUCGCCAAGCAAUGCAGACUGGACCCGCUCUGCCCUUUUAAAGAUGCCCUGCUGGAUGUGUCUUCCUGUUGGGGUUAUGAAAAGAAUUGUGAUCCCAAAAAGCGCUUUGCCUAUCCUGUCUGUACUAAGGCUGACUCUGGAUGGGUCGAUUCACUAGAGGCAGCACAGGAGCUUUUCUGGAAGCAGGCUGAUUUUGGCUACGUCAAGGAGCGUCGCUCUGAGCUCAAAACACUUUGCAAGGCCAGCCAAUCUGGGGACUCCUCUUUGAGGUGCAGUAGUCAUGCUAGAUUCUGUAAGGCAACUAACCUUUAUCUGGACUUGCGGCAACCACGCAGAAGCCAUGAAAGGUACAAGGAGGACUUCAUUCAGAAAGGUGAGAUCGGUGGACAUUGCAGACUUAACAAGCAAGCACUUGCUGCAGCGGGAGAGCACAAAAGUCCUUUGCAGUCUUGGUAUGCAGAGCUUCAAACAUACACAGAGUUGGAUUUCUAUCCCGUACAAAGUGAAUCAUGUGACAUUGUCAUCGAAAAACCGACGGUUUUCAUGAAACUGGAUGCUGGAGUGAACAUGUACCAUCAUUUCUGUGACUUUGUCAACCUCUACAUCUCUCAGCACAUUAACAACUCCUUCAGCUCUGAUAUCAACAUAAUAAUGUGGGACACAAGCUCUUAUGGAUAUGGGGAUUUGUUCAGUGAAACCUGGAAGGCCUUCUCCCAAUAUGAUAUCAUUCACCUGAAGAGCUAUGAUUCAAAAAGAGUAUGUUUCAAAGAUGCCUUCUUCUCCCUCCUACCAAGAAUGAGAUAUGGUCUCUUCUACAACACACCACUUAUCUCAGAUUGCUACACUGAAGGAAUAUUUCGAGCGUUCUCCCAACAUGUCCUCCAUCGGCUCAAUAUACUGCAGAACGGACCCAAGCCAGGACGCGUCCGUGUCACCUUGCUGGCACGCAGUACUGAAUACAGAAGGAUAUCAAACCAAGUGGAGCUUAUAAAUGGUCUUAAAACAAUGCAGCUGCUGGACGUCAGCGUGGUGGACUACAAAUACAAGGACAUUCCUUUCCUGGAGCAGUUGAGGAUCACCCACAACUCUGACAUCUUCAUAGGAAUGCACGGUGCAGGACUUACACACCUGCUCUUCUUGCCUGACUGGGCUGUGGUCUUUGAGCUGUAUAAUUGUGAAGAUGAGAGCUGCUAUCGAGAUUUGGCUCGGCUGCGGGGCAUUCGCUAUGUGACUUGGCAGAAAAUGGAUAAGGUGUUCCCGCAGGACAGGGGUCACCACCCAACUCUCGGAGACCACCCCAAGUUCACCAACUACUCCUUCGACGUGGAUGAGUUCAUGCGCUUUGUGCUAGAGGCGGCAGAUUACGUCACGCAGCAUCCCAAAUGGCGGCGUCACAUCCUGCGCGAUGAACUAUAAAAAAAAAAAAAGUCUGCAAUUAGCCUGGUUUAAGAGACAUUGUGCCUUUGGCAAUGAGAUUUCUGAGAAAAAAUCCAACCAAACAUGUCUGGAUCUCGGCGGUAUAUCAAAUAAUUUGUCACUGCCUGUCCCCGGGAUUGAUGAGUCGUGAUGAGUGAACGCUGUACACAUCCGUAUUGGCACAUCUGGAGAUUUCCAAGAAGUACUUCUUCAUUACCGCCGCCUCCACUGUGUCAUUCCACACCGAUAAAGUUAGCUAAUUAGCAGCUGUUCCGGUGUCCCGUAACAUGUGGCCUGUCGUCACAUUUGAUUAGUGUCACCUUGACUUGAGCUUGCUCGGAGCUGUUGACAUUUACGUCUUGAGUACAUCCACAACAUAUCAGUGUCAUAUGAUGGAUUUCUGCAAGACGUGUGCUGCUUUUUUUUUGUAAUUAUUUUUAUGUCAGUAUGCGUCUGCAUAAACUAAAAAGAGUGUUGAAAAAUAUAUAUUGGCUUAUAUUGCUCAUACUAUUUCUAGUCAGCGCUAAACUCUAUCAAAAAGGCCUAUUUAAUGUAUUUGUACUAUUUAUUUGUUGUUUGUGGAUAUGACUACUAUUUGUCAUAGAGCUCUGCUUAUAGCCCAUAGCCCAUGUGAUCUUUCACACACAGAUGGCCGCAUGAUCCGUAGGGGUCUUCGUUUUUCGUGAAUAAACACAUGUAAUAUGUUAAAUAAUGAAUGACAGAGCGCUUCAUAUGAAAUUUUACCACAAACAUAUUCUCAGCACCUAAAAUUUCUCUAGCCAUUCACAAUGUCCCUCAUGGCGGUUGUGCUGGGCUGGUACCCAUUUUUUGUGGGUUCGAAUACCAUCCAUCCAUCCAUCUUCUUCUGCUUAUCCGAGGUCAGGUCGCGGGGGCAGCAGCCUAAGCAGGGAAGCCCAGACUUCCCUCUCCCCAGCCACUUCGUCCAGCUCUUUCCAGGGGAUCCCGAGGCGUUCCCAGGCCAGCUGGGAGACAGCGUGUCCUGGGUCUUCCCUGUGGCCUCCUACCGGUUGGACGUGUCCUUAACACCUCCCUAGGGAGGCGUUCGGGUGGCAUCCUGACCAGAUGGCCGAACCCCCUCAUCUGGCUUCUCUCGAUGUGGAGGAGCAGCGGCUUUACUUUGAGUUCCUCCCUGAUGUCAGCGCUUCUCACCCUAUCUCUAAGGGAGAGCCCCGCCACCCGGCGGAGGAAACUUAUUGUGAUCUUGUCCUUUUGGUCAUGACCUCAAAGCUCAUGACCAUAAGUGAGGGUGGGAACAUAGAUCGACCGGUAAAUUGAGAGCAUUGCCUUCCGGCUCAGCUCCUUCUUCACCACAACGAAUCGGUACAACGUCCGCAUUACUGAAGACGCCGCACCGAUCCGCCUGUCCAUCUCACGAUCCACUCUUCCCCUGCUCGUGAACAAGACUCCUAGGUACUUGAACUCCUCCACUUUGGGCCGGGUCUCCUCCCCAACCCAGGGAUGGCACUCCACCCUUUUCCGGGCGAGAACCAUGGACCCGGACUUGGAGGUCCGAUCCAGUGAGAGCUGAAGAUCCCGACUAGAUGAAGCCAUCAGGACUACAUCGUCUGCAAAAAACAGAGACCUAAUCCCGCAGCCACCAAACCGGAACCCUUCAACGCCUUGACUGCGCCUAGAAAUUCUGUCCAUAAAAGUUAUGAACAGAAUUGGUGACAAAGGACAGCCUUGGCGGAGUCCAGCUCUCACUGGAAAUGUGUCCGACUUACUGCCGGCAAUGUUCACCAAGCUCUGACACUGAUCAUACAGGGAGCGGACCGCCACAAUCAGACAAUCCGAUACCCCAUACUCUCUGAGCACUCCCCACAGGACUUCCCGAGGGACACGGUCGAAUGCCUUCUCCAAGUCCACAAAGCACAUGUAGACUGGUUGGGCAAACUUCCAUGCACCCUCAAAAACCCUGCCGAGAGUAUAGAGCUGGUCCACAGUUCCACGACCAGAACGAAAACCACACUGUUCCUCCUGAAUCCGAGGUCCGACUAUCUGGCGUAGCCUCCUCUCCAGUACACCUGAAUAAACCUUACCGGGAAGGCUGAGGAGUGUGAUCCCACGAUAGUUGGAACACACCUUCUUAAAGAGAGGGACCACCACCCUGGUCUGCCAGUCAUUUUAAUCAUGUUAUGUUUUAAUUUAUUUUGCACAAAAAUAUAUAUAUAUAUAUUGAACAACUUAUUUACCAAAUAUUUGUUUUAAAACGGCUUCAUGGUGGCAGAGGGGUAAGUGCGUCUGCCUCACAAUACGAAGGUCCUGCAGUCCUGGGUUCAAAUCCAGGCUCGGGAUCUUUCUGUGUGGAGUUUGCAUUUUCUCCCCGUAAAUGCGUGGGUUCCCUCCGGGUACUCCGGCUUCCUCCCACUUCCAAAGACAUGCACCUGGGGAUAGGUUGAUUGGCAACACUAAAUUGGCCCUAGUGUGUGAAUGUGAGUGUGAAUGUUGUCUAUCUGUGUUGGCCCUGCGAUGAGGUGGCAACUUGUCCAGGGUGUACCCCGCCUUCCGCCCGAUUGUAGCUGAGAUAGGCGCCAGCGCCCCCCGCCACACCGAAAGGGAAUAAGCGGUAGAAAAUGGAUGGAUGGAUGUUUUAAAACAAAUCAAAUAAAAUCUAACUUUGAUUUGAAAAGUUUAAAAAUGGUAUCACACAAAUUAAAAAGUGUGAAAAUGUUUGUAAAGGGGUAGCUCAAAAUAAAAUACUGCUUUGAGCCCCAUUUUAGCCAGGGGUCCCCCAUGUUUUGUGGGAAUAAGCACAUUUAGACUGUCAAUGAAUAAAUAACAGGGCGCUUCAUGUGACAUUUUGCUGCAAACAUAUUCCUGCUCCGUCACUGCUAACAAUAUGACAAAUUUUAGCAUUGUCCCCCGUGGCGCACACUUUUAGUCGUAUUCAAAUCAAAUCCUGGCUACGGGUGUGACAGGAAUAUAUAUAAAAUGUAAGCUACAUGUGUUAUUUUGCACCAAAAAAAAUACAUAUUAGUUUUUUUAAUUUCUCAUGAAUUUGUUUCAGUACAAAUCAUGCAUCAAAUCAAUUCAAGUUGGAUUAAAAAAGUAUGAAAAUAAUUUCACAGAAAUAAAACAUUUUAACAUUUUUUGUAAUGUAAUAGGCUCUCAAAAUGAAAUUUUGCUUAGGGCCCCAAUUUGGCCAGGCCAGUUUUGCAUGAACAAGCGCAUGUAUAAUGUCAAUUAUUAAAGACAGGGCGCUUCAUAUGAAAUUUUUCCGCAAACGUAUUCUUAGGCCCUUCCUUCUCUGUAAUAAUAAUAAUAAAAAUUAAUUACAUUUGUUAAAAUCUCAAAGUGCUACAAGGUAUAUAACAUUUUUUAAUAAAGAAAUAGAAAGUCAAAAUAUCCAUCCAUCCAUCCAUUUUCUACCGCUUAUUCCCUUUUGGGUUCGCGGGGGGC